UAACAAGUAACAGUAGGCUUUGUGGUUAACAACAUCUGUAAUAUAAAAUGAAGAAGAUGAAGCAAGUAUUGAUUCCAACUUGUUUUCAAACAACGCAUUCGAGAAUGUCGAGUCAAACUUUAUAUGGAAUACAAACAAUUCAAAACGAAAUAUACUGCAGUAAUAGUGAGGAUUAUACAGUCGUAAGCUCGGAGCAAAAUGAAGUACUUCAUCAAAGAUGUUCAUCUAAAUCUUCCGGAACUAGCUCUGUUGACACUUUUACAAUCAAAGCGCGCAUGGAAAAUUUGGAAAUAGCACUGACAAUGCUUAAUGAAAAUUUUCAACGCAUGGAAAAUGCUAUGAAUAAACAAAUAGAAAGAGCUAUAGAAAUUAUUAUAGGAACAACAGAAAAAGUCGAAAAAGAAGAAACAGUGUUACGAACUAAAGAUAAAUACUUUAUGAAAAGUGAAAACAAAAAGUUAAUGAAAGCAGUAAAGUUUCUAACAGAAAGUUCUAGGAUUAUGAGAACAGCUUUAUCAGAGCACACAAAAUUUAUAGACCAUAUUACGAGUGUCAUUAACCAACCUACAGAGCCUGUCCAGGUUCCACUCCAACGAAGGGAUGAAAGCCCAGUUGAACGUGUGCUAAACAAAUAUAAGAAACAGAGAGAUAGAAUACAAAUAAUCCAUCCUAAACCCGUUAAUCCAAUGGAAGUAUCGGACUACCUGAGCGUGGAAGAUACCACUCGAAGCGCCACAACUCAGUCUCCAUGCCAUUUCUGUAAACUGAACAACAAACAACCAGUUUGGAAUAACUCUGUAUGGGAACCCCCACAACAACCCACAUGUCUAUAUGUAAAUUUUAACAAAGAUACGAACGCUAUUUUAAAAUGUAAUUGUAGACUCUGUUCUCUCGCUCCGUUAGUUGACCCAGACGGUGAUUACGUCACACUUCUUAAAGAUUACAUAUCUAAUGGGAAGUGUAAUGCAGCGUAUGAAUAUUACAAUAAGACGUCACUUCCUGAUUUGACAAUACAUACAAAUGUUAAUGAAGAUGAACAUACCAUGUUUACCGAACGAAAAGGAACCUUAGUGUGAUUAUACAGACAGGCAGGAGAUAAUUACAAAAGGAAAUAGAAAUUCAUUAAAAUACAAAUCGCUUGACUUGCAAAAAUAAGUAUUGAACCAAUUACAAACACACUGAUUGUAGUGAAUGAAUUUAUAGACUACCUCAACAAACACCAAAGAGAAGUUCUAAAAGGUACACCAUGAACAGCUAAUUUUAUAAUCACGAGAAAAACAAGCGGAGGAUUGACGAUCAUUGAUAAAUGCAGACAUUAUUUGAAUAAAUAAGAUGAUUUAACUAAGAAGCUUCCUCACUCAAAACUGCUUGACAAGUUAAUUAUAUUGUUGAAGUCUUUCUUUUCGUUUAUCUUUCGGUGUUUACUGACAGAAAGGCUUAUUACAUAAAUAUAUCAUUUGCAGUAACGCUGUUUUCAAUUUAAUUUUAAACUAAGUUUUGUUACAUAAAAUGUACAACGUAUAAUAUAAUUCAGAAUUCACUUAGGAACUUGCAUAUGUUUCAACAAAAUAUACAGCAGAGAAGUAGGCACAAAGAUAUCAAUGAAAAAUAUAGACCGCAGUACUUUACGAAUAAAUAUAACAAUAAUUUUGUCCUUCUGUAAAUGUAUUCUUGGAAUAACAAACACCUCAUUAAAACAGAGCAGUAACAACAGAGUUGGGGAGAUGUCCAUCCGAAAUGCAAACAGAUAAAUUCCGUAAUUAAUCCAUAUGAAUGUUUCACUAUUAACAAGUUUGGACUAACAAGGUAAAAAUAUUUUAGAAGAGGUAAUUUAAAAUAUAGAAUUAAACAAUCUAGAGUGCCACAGCGGUAAACAUUACAAAAAGUUGGUAAAAAGAGAAUAAAAAAAACAACAAGUUUUAAAUUUCUAUAAAAAAAAUACAUACCGGUAGGAGAAUUAUUAUUAAGCAUGAACAAAAUGUUUAACUGUAGCAAAUUGUAUCUUUACAAUUAUUUCAUUAAUAAUAUUGUAUAGAAACAGGAAGGCUUUUUAAAAAUUCCUCGAGAAAACCGACUAUGUUCAUCCUACAGUGGGGCUGAAACUCUUUUUAUUUUAUCCUCUAAAAAUAACUUUUUGUAAAAAAAAAAAGUAUUAAAAGUUAUACCAGAAUAUAGUACCUUGCAAGAAAAUGAGAAAAUUAGAUAUCUUCACUGCCCAUCAAACCCAACAGAAGUCAAAAGCAGGGGUCCUUGAUUAAAUAGACAUAAGACCCGAUUGUUUACAUUUCAUUUGUAUAGAAAUGGAUUUGCUUUGUCAUCUGGCCAAAGACCACAAUUAAUGAUCCCGUGAUAUUUACAGUUUUCGGAACAUCUCUUGACUUGUCUAUAGGGGUAUGGAUGUGUAUUAGCUAAAUUUGUAAGAUGUUGGGGAGCGAUAUUUCUGAAUGUUUGAUAUAUGUUUAGACUAGUACUAUACUUUACACACACAAAAUAUUUGACAAAAAGAACCGGUGCAUUUUUUUUAAUGAAACAAAACGUUAUAAAGAACUAAUAGAGAAUUUAAUUGUGGUCUGUGGCCAUCUUACUGUUAAGGGAUCUGUUUACCGUGUUUGUUUUCUCUGUUUAUGUUAAUUUUAUUAUAAAUCUUUAUGAUUAACAUGACAAUAAAGUAUACAUGUAUGUA